AUGCGGAGGGAGGAGUUCGGGCUGACGGAAGACGGGACUGAUGUUGUUCCACCUAAACCAAUACCGUGGAGAGGUUUCCGUUCGGGUGGUUAUCUGCAAGUUAGCGAGGAGAAGUUGAUGACCAUAUCUGCAGCAACCGAUUCAUCAGAUGAAAUGGAUAUUUUCAUACCUAAUGCUGAAGGGAUGAUCCGGCUUGAGGAAAUACCUACAGAACCGCCAGCUGGAGCGAACCUGACAUUGGCGAUAGCUACUACUGACGACGUUGAUGGAGGACGGGUGGGCUCAUAUAUGAAAGGCAAGGGGGUAAUGACUGGUCCAGACAUCAGGGGUGGUCAGCUCUUCGGGCUGCAGAUGGGUUCUGGCUCUGGUUUUGCAAACACGGAGGGGGCCGAUGUGGCACUUGAGGAGGAUGAAGCUUAUGCUGGUGAGCAAAAAGAUGAAGAGGAAAUAGGCAGCAAUAAUCAGCUCUAUGUGGGGCAAGUAUUUGUCGACCGGGAUGCUUUCAAGGUUCACAUGUCGCUACAUGCAUUGGCUAACAAGUACAUAUACUUCAAGAGGAAGUCUGAGCCCGGAAAACUGGUUCUGGAGUGCAGUGGAGUUAACUGUCAAUGGCGGGUGUACGCAGCUAAAAUCACUGGGUGCCCGCUGUUUGAAAUCAAGACAUUGGAUAGUAACCACCAUUGCACUGUUAGCGAGCGGGGGCAGUUUAGGAGACAUGCAACCUCAUCAAUUGUUGGGGGAAUGAUGAGGAGCAAGUAUGUUGGUAUCGGAAGUGGCCCAAGGCCAGGAGCGUUGAGAGACCACAGUGUACCGAUAUCCUACUGGACUGCUUGGAAGUCCCGGAAGAUUGCUAUAGAGAAUGGGCGUGGAAAUGUUGCGGCAGCAUAUAGUACUUUACCUUUCUACCUCCAGCAGUUGGCCAUUGCGAAUCCUGGGACUCUGGUCGCAUUGGAGACAAGCAAGGGACCAGGCAAUGUCCAGCGUUUCAAGUACCUCUUCCUGUCAUUUGGGGCAAGCCAAAAAGGAUUUGAUUUCAUGAGAAAGGUAGUCAUCAUUGAUGGAACGCACUUGAAGGGGAAGUUUGCAGGGUGUUUGCUCACAACAAGUGUACAAGAUGGGAACUAUCAGAUAUUUCCGAUUGCGUUUGGGAUAGUGGAUAGCGAGAAUGACCAAUCAUGGACAUGGUUCUUCAACAAGCUCCUUGCUGUAGUGACUGAUGCUACUGACUUAGUCUUUGUCUCUGACAGACACACCGCAAUAUACUCUGGAAUCCGUAGAGUUUAUCCGAUGGCUAAGCAUUGUUCUUGCCUGCUACAUCUCCAGAGGAACGUCCAGACGAUCUUCAAGAAGAAGCAUUUGGGGUACCUUCUGGGUAGAGCAGCAAGAGCUUACAAACUGGAGGAUUUCUACUUGCACUUCAACGAGCUCAAGGUGGUUGACGGCGCUUGUGCGGAUUAUCUGAUCCGGGUUGGACUUGAGCACUGGACUAGAUCACAUUUUGAUGGGGCAAGGUACAACAUUAUGACAAGUAACCUCGCUGAGUCUCUGAACGCAACACUGUCUGAGGCUAGAGAAUACCCAAUUGUCCCUCUUCUGGAGUAUAUUAGGUCAAUGGUGAUGGGAUGGUUCUCUUCGAGACGUGAUGCAGCAGCAAAGAAUGUGGGGGCACUAACUCCGAAAGUUACUGAUAUCGUCAUGCGCAACUUCAAAGACUCCACAGGAUAUGCUGUCAAACACAUCAUAAACAAUGAGUACGAAGUUGUUAAUGGAAAUGGGAUGUAUCACCGUGUGGAUCUUGAUAAGAAAACUUGUUCUUGCAAGGAGUUCGGCGCGCUGGCCAUCCCUUGUGCUCAUGCAGUAUCUGCUGCCAUAUAUUGA